CUCGAAUUCCCCACUUCUGGGCGCAGCGGGAGAGCCUUGUGCCAGUUCCCGUACUCUGGCAGGGUUCUGGGGCUAUCAGUGGAUCCUAGUUCCUAGCUGUUUCGGGGGUUUGGGUCUGGUUGUGCGACGUCAUGCGGUCCUGGCUGGGCUGUUAUUGGAGGAGAUCACGAAGUUGAAGAUGAGACCCAUGGGGCCAGGGAUUUGGCGUGUCUGGGGCUGUGGUUGUCAUAAGCGUGUUGGCGAGGUGCUUAUAAUAGGGGGAUGGGUAUAAAUCUACUCUUCCACUUGAUUCCUGCCAUAUAAACUACCAAACAACUAAACCAACUCAACAAAGCAAUCCGUUGAAAUGUCUCACGACGAAAAGGUCGCCUCCGCUCCUCCCCUCUACGAACAACAACCCACCCCUAUCCACCCUCCAACCGCACACAUGGUUCCUCCUAUGGAACCUCCAGCCUGGCAACCCGGAAUGCCGCACCCAAGCGGCUACAACACCUCGUCGCCACUACACACGCUCCAACGGGGUCCGGCACCAGUGGAUUGUCCGAUCUGUAGCCAUCGGGAGAUGACACGCGUGGAUGUCGAGUCAGGGAAUACGACGCAUGGCUGGGCGGCCGUGAUCUGCUGUUGCUUUUGUCUAGGAUGCAUCCCGUACCUAAUCUCCUCGCUGAAAGAUGUUAACCAUCAUUGCGGCAAGUGUGGUGCUAUGCUGGCGACGUUCCAUGCGAGUGGCAGGACCGAGGUGCAUCAGAAUGUGAGACAGGGAUAG